CAUCUCAAUGAGUAACUCAAAUUGAAGGGAAACCGGGGUUACUGCAAGCUGCAAUUAGUAACUAAAUUAUCCUUACCUUCUUCUGUGUGCGAUUUUAAAAUAAUCUGUUCAGGGACAUACAUCUGGUGUAUUAGAAGCAAUUAUUGGUACCAUGACUGUCUUCUAAAAACAUUUUUAUUUACACAAAGAUUUUUCCAUUCACUAUAGUGGGGGAUCCUGUUUUACGCUAACAAUGCUUGCAGUAUCGCGGUAGGCCUUGAACUUCCAUUGCUUCACUCAUUCCCCCUGGGCGCUGCCCAAGUGGUCACAGACGCCAGUAGCCUAUAAUUGCUCUGAUACAAGUCCUCUAUCUAUCUCUGGGACAAGCGCCGAAGAAUGGACAGCGUUCCCGAGAUUCCAAUCUUUACGGAGCAAUUUUUUUGACAGAAAUCAGACAUAAGUCAAAUAAAUAACAUAGUAAAAUCACAACCAGUACAGUUUUAGUUCCCGAAUCCGGGCCUUUGUCAUGAUGACGAUAACGUAGCACUCCACUACUUAACUGCAGUGGCAGAUUCAAAAACCACAAGUAAUUACGACACACGUUUUACGCCUGCAGGGGUGUAAUCAUUAGUGCACACCUGAGUAAACAGUUGCCAAUACAAAACGUUUUCCAUAGAAAACAAGAGUUUCUAUUGGGCAAAUGUAGGUAGGUUACUACCAAUGAUGUGCGUCAUUGCUCAGUUCCGUUCGCUUUUGUUGGCUGUUUGGUUUCCAGCUAGUAAAUACAGCCCAGGUGUAACACACCCUGAAUAUAUUGCCCAACCCGCUUACCAUGGUAUGCGGCACUUGGCCUACUCUUGGCUGAAAAAGGAGGCCGACCGCUGUCAUGAAAAUGUGUUUGUUUUUAUCUUUACGGUCCAAAAUGCUAUCCACAUGCAUAUGAAAAUGGUAAAAGCAUAGGCUUAAAAUAUAUCUCCAAUGAUUUUCACUGAAUUCAGAUACUUCCCUUGUACAGCAAGGCAUCAAAGCAUAAAGGACAACACGAGGAAAGUAGGCUGGUAAAGAUGGAUAAGAGGAGCGGUCUGCGCCUGUGUCACUUUGGGACAGCCAGGCGAAGGCGAUGGUGGGGUCUGAGGAGAAGAUGGAUUUACAUUUACAUCACAUUUACAUUUACAUGGAGGAUGCUAGGGGUGUUUAAGACCAACCAGGAACAUGACUUAUACAGCCUCACCUGUCUUAUGAAAGAGGGCCUGCAUGCUGUCCUACAGACCAGCAACAACACAACAGUACCUGGUAAACUUUCUGCUGAACAUUACAAAUCGGCGGAGACUCAAGUCCACAAGGACUUGGAGAUGCAGACGUUUGCAGGCCCUGUGUUUGCCGGCCUGCGGCGGUCCCUGGAUAUAACAGAGGAGGAGUACCAGAGGUCCCUCUCUUCAGACGGCUGCUAUCUACAGUUCAUCAGCAACUCCAAGAGCAAGGCUGACUUCUUCCUCACGAAUGACAAGAGGUUCUUCCUAAAGACACAGAAUACGCGGGAGGUUAUGUUUUUCCUAUCCAACCUGAAGGCAUAUAUGGAUCAUUUGGAGAAAUACCCCCAUUCCCUGAUGGUCAGGUUCCUGGGGCUCUAUAGCAUUCAAAUUCCAAAUAAAACAAAGUAUUUCAUUGUGAUGCAGAAUGUGUUUUACCCGGAUGAGAGGAUUAAUACCAGAUAUGACAUCAAGGGAUGUGAGGUGGGUAGGUGGACUGACCCUGCAUCUACGGGAAACCCAGUUACUAAGAUUCUGAAGGAUAACAACUUUGAAGGAAAGCACAUCAUUCUGGAUAAGCAGCGCUCCUGGCUUGUGGAUCAGGUUGAAAUAGACUCGGCCUUCCUCCGUAGCCUCAAUGUGCUUGACUACAGUAUCCUGCUGGCCCAUCAACCCUUGCACCAAGAUGAGCUGGACAGGAAUCACUCCUUUAGUAACCUGACUAUGCGCACUGUAAAGUCAAUGGACCAAGACAGUCCCGCAGAGGAAGAUCCCCCCACUAUUCCGUUGUUGGAGGGGUACUCUGCUCGACUGGCAUCAGAUACAAUAGACAGUGGGUCAGACCACAUCCAGAACACAGGGGAACACUCUGGCCAUGGAAUCCCCCUCCAGGAGAUAAACCUACACUCCGUAAACUGUACAGAAGCAGAACUCCUGGAGUUCCAAGCUCAUCACCGUAGGCUGCUGCCUAAUUUAAAAAACUCUGUGCAUGUCAUAGACGGACCAAAGCUGCGCUACUUUGUGGGUAUUGUAGACUUUUUCACUGUGUACGGUGUGAAGAAAAGGCAGGAGAACCUGUGGAAGAGUCUGCGCUUCCCUGGCAGAGCCUUCUCCACUGUCAGCCCAGCUACCUACUCCCAGAGGUUCUGCCAGUGGGUGAAGGACCACACCAAGUAAAACGGGGACACUGAAGCCCAUUGAAAGACACAGAAGAGACUGUCAAGUGAAUAAUCAAACUUGUUUUAUGAACAGUAGGUGGCACCAAAUAGCUUCUGUUGCAGUGCUAGCCUGUUUAUAUAUAUCUAGAGGAAUUUUACAUUAGUGAUAUGUCCCCCAAAUAAUUAUGUGGCAGGUUUCUCAAAAAUCAUGUAUGAAUGUGUAUAAAAUGUAUUGGAAUAAGUCGUGACUAGAGAAUCAAUAAUAAACCCUGUCACUGCAUAAGAAA